UCCGCCUAGAACACCUAUCUCCUACCUAUAUGUACCUACCUAGGUAGGGAAUAUGGGGUGACGGGCACCGGCCCGUACCUAAAAGCUACGGCUCUGUAACACUUACUCAAUCUUUUAGGUAGUUCGGAGCCGUAGCCUUUGUUUCGGUAUUACAAGGAUCCGAAUGUCUUCGAUUUAGAAUUGAAACGAUUCCUGCUGCGUUUAUUUUGGUCGGAAGGAAUCUCACGUUCUGCAGCGAACCAAAGGUGCCUCGUGGAUCUUGGACCCGAACCGUCGCUAUGUUUCGAAAUGACAGUAAGCCCUAACGAGAAAUAGCACCCUUAGACCUGCAAAACAUACAAGAUCGGAUAUAUUCCUCCCAUCACUACCUGGCUAGAUCUUGGGACAUCUCUUGGCUCAUCCCACGUUUCCUGAUGCAAGACAUGAGGCUGUUUUUUUUUAUCUGUCAAAGGGGCAGGCUGUCUCAUCUUGCUUGUAACAUAUGUGACGUCUCCGUGGCUUCGAGAUCAUUAGAUAUAAUUAGAGUCGAAGUUUUCAGCAUAUGAUAUGAUCUCUUCUUCUAUUUUAUUCAUCCCAUCUGCUGUAAAUGGAUGCGUCUCUCUUGGUCAAGACUUUCCAUGUUUCUAUGCUAAUUAUUUAAUAUUUUUCUUUCUUUUGUGUAUACACGGAACUAUAUGCCUCUCUCCAACAACGCUGUCCCCCUAGUCGGCGUCGUUACGCCUUUCUUAGCCGCUGCGUUUUUGGCUGUUGGCUUACGACUCCACGUUCGUGUGACUCUACUGAGCAAUUCGGGUAUCGACGAUUGGCUAUGCGUCGCCGCGGUACUAUGCUCCUUUGGCACGUACUUGGCGAAUAUGGCUGGGGUAGUAGUAGGCUUCGGCAAUCCGCUAUCAGGCAUGACUGACGAAGAGCGAGUUGUAGCGUUGAAGACACUCUGGAUCUCGCCACCCCUCUGGGGUCUUUCAUCCUCGCUCAUCAAAUUGUCUAUCGUGACAUCGUACCUCCGCAUCUGGAACGGGAAACCCUUCAAGCUAUUCUGCUACGCCCUAGUCCUCUUCAUCUCCCUGUUCGGGCUCGCCCUCUUCUUCGGCGGCGUAUUCGCCUGCGUGCCCAUCUACCUGUCCUGGACCCUCCCCAGCCCCGGUCCCGGUCCCGGCACGGGUACAAGCACAAUACGCGACCGGUUCUGCAUCGACCUCCCGAUGUUCAUGUUUGCCACCUCGAUCGUCAACACGGCGCUCGACCUCGCCGUCCUCGCUAUCCCCGUACCCCUGCUGCGCAAGCUGCGGAUCGCGCCCAGGCAGCGUGUCGCGCUCACCGCCGUCUUCACCGUCGGCGCCGUCGUCUGCGUCGCUUCUAUCAUGCGCCUCCUCGCCUUGUACCGCCUGAUGCCCCGCAGCAGCAGCAGCACCCCGACCCAGGACCCGUCCGUCAGCGGCCUCCCCGUUGGGAUCUGGUCCGGCGUCGAGCUCGACUUGGCUAUUAUCUGCGCGUGUCUGCCCACGCUGCGGCCCAUGCUCGCCCGCGCGUUCCCCUGCUUGUUGUUGGGCGGUGGUGGUGGUGCUGAUACUGCGGCAGUUGAUUCUUCCCCGAGUUGGCGGGGGACGACGAAGCGGGUUACUCGUGAUGAAAACGGGACUUACCGUAUGCACGAGCUGCAUUCCGACGACGAGGAGAACGGAAAAUUAGGAAACGGGGAUGUGGAGGUGAGAGCUAUCCGCGCUCCCGCACCGUUGAUGCAUUUGGAGAGGUAUAAUAAAUCGUAUAUGGAUUUCGACUAGGGUAAUAGAUAAUCUAAUGUAAUCCACAUGAAAUCUAAUUUGGAUGCUCUACA